UUCCUCUUUUUUUCAUGUCACCUAGUUACGUCAUUGCUACGCAACCAAUAUGGCGACACAGUAACCCGAACGAGAUGAUUGCAACGCAAACAAAAUGAGGCUUCGGUGUUGCUGCUUUGGACUACGGCGAAAGUGUAUCAUUUUUCCACUCCUGCUGAUCCUCUUGGUCGGAGCAGCCUUGACAGCUCUGUUGCCCCCCGCCGAGGAGCAUGGAGGUGUUGCCAGGGUCCUGGGAGUACUGCGCAGAGCAGCGCCGCAAAAGGGAAACCCCGCUCAGGGUCAACCUGCAGAUGCCCUAGAAGAGAAGUUUACCGUCAUCAUCCAAACCUACAACCGCACAGACAUUUUACUCAAGCUCCUGAACCAUUACCAGGCAGUGCCUCAUCUUCAGAUGAUCAUCGUAGUGUGGAACAACAUCAGGGAGCCGACUCCGGCCAAGCUGUGGGAAUCCCUGGGUCCUCAUCCAGUCCAGGUUGUCUUUAAAGAGCAGGCGAGCAACCAAAUGCGCAACAGGCUACAGCCGUUCUCUGAGAUUGCCACCAAUGCUGUGUUAAUGCUGGAUGAUGACACCCUUGUCAGUGUCCCUGACAUCACUUUUGCUUUUUCUGUGUGGAAGCAAUUUCCAGACCAAAUAGUUGGAUUUGUCCCUCGGAAACACGUCUCAACGGCUGGAGGAAUUUACAGUUAUGGCAGCUUUGAGCUGCAGAAUCCAGAAGCGGCUGGAGGAGACAUGUACUCUAUGGUUCUGAUCGGUGCUGCCUUCUUCCAUCGGCGCUACCUGCAACUGUUCCAGGAUCAGUCUAAGGAAGUACACGCCUUAGUUGACGAAACCCAAAACUGUGACGACAUAGCUGUGAACUUUGCUGUUGCUCUGUAUUUAAGAAAACACUCAAAUUCAGGCGCAGUCCACAGACCCUCAGGGAUCUUUGUCAAGCCUGUGGACCUGCGCAACCUUGAGAAAGAUGCCGGCAGUGGAUAUCGGGGAAUGUGGCAUCGUCCUGAGCACCUUCUCCAGAGAUCGUACUGUUUGAACCGGCUGACGCAGAUCUAUGGCUUCAUGCCGCUCUGCUACUCCAACCUCAUGGUUUCCCAGUUUGGUUUCCCAAGCUAUGCCAAUCACAAGAGCAGGGGAUGAAGUUACAAAUUGAUGAUUUGGGCUAAAGUAAGAGAUGAGACUGCCGGGGAGUUUGGUAGGCUUGUUUGUUUGGUUAACACUCCUCAUGCCAAUCAGCUGAUGCUUUUAGUCUCGUUGUGGGAUCAGACGGUAGUUCUCAUCGCAGGAUGGUGAUGAGGACACAGACUAGUCAGAUGUAAAACCGUAUUCUUGAUAGAAUCACUUGCUGAACUGCAAUUAUUAAACGAGAAUAGUAGGUUUAAAAGCCUAAGAGUUUUUCAUACGCAGGUAUUUAGUUGGGAUUUUUUUUUAAGAAAUGAAAUUUAAUACAGGUCCAGAAAAUGAUUCAUAUGGCUUAUUUUUUUUAACUGAUUUCUAAAUUCUUGACGGAGAAAAGAAGUGCUAAGAUCCUAAGAAACACACAUCUUCAGAAUUCAAAGAAUGUGAUUUAAGUUUGGUUUGCUUUUAAUUUAAAAUAAGUAAAUAAAAUGAAAAUUUAAGUACC